AUGGCAGUUUUAGCCUUGCUCUCACUGGGGACGGGAGUGAGUGUGAGUCAGGAUGAUCUUGUGGCGGAAGAGAGCGUGUACUUCCCGCAAAUAGUGGACAGGUCUGAAUACGGAACUCGACUGGACACAUUCAACAGUCUGGACCGAACCCGUUCCCGGAAGGUUAGGUUCCGGAUCACUACCACUACUGACCGGACGACCACUACCACCGAUCGGUUACCAGUGAAACCCCACCAAGCCACUUCCACUCGACCUUCAACAUCUACCCAUGCAGAAGAUCUCAAGUACCUGACGGAAACGUAUUAUACCAAGGAGAGCAAGGGAGUGACGGAACCCACCAGGUUCCCUGUUACCGCCACCUCCUUUCCCACGUUGAAGAAUGCGGCGAAGAAACUUGCCAAGACGACAAAGAAAAAGAAAUCACGCCUGGUAACUACACUGGCUUAA